AGGGUCGCGAGGGGUUCUCUUGGCGCCACUCGCUGGCGUCCGUAGUGUCUGAAAUCGAAAUUUGGACCAAAUUUCCAAUGGAUUGAGUAUGGCUGAAAAUAAAUGUGAUAUGCCAAACAAACCGGACUGUGGUGCAACAAAAUUGAAUGCUGACCAAUCUGCCAUCCCGACUGAGACGGAGGUGGAGGAGCCGAUCGUCUACGAUUAUAUGAAAUACGCCAAGAAGAAUAAGAAGGGCAAAGGAGUCUACGGAAAAGCAAAGGUGACAAAGAGUGUAUCCUUCAAGCAAAUUGUGGAACUGGUGACCUUCACCGAGGACUGGAAAAUGCUGAAAAGCCAAAGCCAUCUGCGCACCGAUGAGGAGCAGCGCAAAUGCACAAUCUCGAGACGCAAUUUUUGAUUAUUCCACUUUAAUUCUGUUUGUUAUUGUUAGUUGUUUGAUUAUAAUCCUAAACUGUUCAAAAUAAAUGUAGUGCGACAUUGA